CGUAGCCGUUCCAACGACGCAAAGUCACCGUCACUAUGUUCGCUCUCGGUAAAUAAAUUCUUUAGCCUAUAAAUAACGAAAGCCUGUUACAAAAGUUCAUUUCUGGGCAAGUCGUGCCAAGUAUUUUAAUUUCGUUAUGUAACAGACACCGUAGAAUUCGCGGUUAACCGAAUUUUUAUCCUUUCAUCGUUACGAAUUCCGCACGAAUUACAGUGUGCUCUGAAAUGAAGAUCGAGAGCUGUUGAAAUAAAAAAGAAAUAUAACGAAUUUUGGUUAAGAUUCUUACGUUUUCCAAAAUGAUCGCGUAUGAAAUUGAUAACCGUCCUUAUCGCGAUUGAUUUGAUAAGAACCGCGAAGAGUAAUAAGCACCGACAACCAUGAAAUCCAACUCGACGGUGCAGGAUAGGCUUGUUAAGCAGAACGAGAUUAGCCGUCAAAGGCUUGAGCAAGAACUCGAGAUACUGGAGAAGGUAGAAAAGUCGGACUUGAGGAUGAUCGAGACUGUGAUGCAUCGGUUUCGUACACGACGGAGGAAUCUAAAAAUUUCUGAACAAUCAGCUGGAUCGAACGUAAGAUCGCUGAAAUCAUUUUCGUUUCGUCUCUAACGCGGCUCUCCCGUCUAAUCUCCCGAUCUAUUAAUUGCCAACACAGUAAUUGACUGCAGGCUAUUGACGUGCGCAUGUACGAAACCCAUAACCCUGGAUUUUGCUAUCAUUGCACUGGCGCGAUCAAACAAGUCGGUCGACCUAUCAAGCAGCAAACAACGAAAGAUUCCUACGAGUUCGUACGCUCCAUAGUGUUCACCAAAGACGAAGUAGAUAUUGACAAACUCCUUUGCCUCCAUCUGUUCACUGCCCACAGUGUAAUGUGUAACAACAACGAUCCCUCCGCGAUUAAACCUGUAGCAUCACUAUUAGAGAAAGCUAAGAAUAAACAUUUCUCUGGCGCUUGGAACAACAUUUUACCAUGUUACGUGGUGGAUCUUCAGGAAGACUCAAAAGAUAUGAAACUCCAUGAGAAUCCAACGAAACAGUGUUUGGAGGAACAAACCAUCCGCGAGUUUGAGGAAAAGUAUAAACAAUACGUGGAGGAUAAUGCUGAUUUUGGGGGUGGUAAACCAACUACUAGAAUAACGAUACGUACUCUUGAAAAAACAUCGGUAGCACCUCACGUUUACUCGUUGUUGGGUGCUUCUCACGAGUUGAGAAUCAAGCAAGCACUUGCCGAAGGUGUGGCAAGAAAAAAAUUUAAUCGUUGCAACAUGGAGCUAAAUGGAUUGGACGAGAACAGUCUGUCCUUCCACCUAGAUGACGACGAGGAUGAUCUUGCAAGCAGAGUGACGACGAAUAUGUCCAAUAGAAAUUGGAUCACGAGAUCGAUCAGAAGUCCGUCCAGGAAAUCCGCGAUUGGCUCGUUCAAGCUCGAUCACGGUAUUACAAUGUUGAAAUCAAAACGAAGAAAGAACUUCGAUGUCUCAACGAAAGAUCUUAUUACUAUAAAAUCUAGUUUCACCAAGGGACCGUCCAAAACUCCGAGCAUCAAAUCUACGUUCCAUAGCAUGUUCGACAGUCGUCCGUCGUCGAAUUCUGUUAUUUCUUGCAAUCUAGACUUAACGAAAUCAUUGAAAAAGUGUAUUUAUCUAAAUGCACCAGUACAAUCGAUGGAAUUUAGUAACAAAGAUUACAUGAUUGUGCCGAUUCUUGUGAAUUAUCAGCUGCAGGCAUUGGUGCAGACUGUGAUCGAGGUUCUUGAGAGAGUGAACCCAGAAAAAUCGAGGAGGAUAAUUGAAAUGGCAAAGGACACGGAAAAAAUGAGAAAAAUGUUGAUGCGUUCGGAGAUAUUGAAAUUUGCACAGUCGUUGUUAGGUCAGUCGCUAGUAUCCUCGCCGGAGAGCUACGUCGUUUCAGCCGCGACCGUGGCGAAUGAAAUAGAUUUUCGUUUCGAAGGAAUUCUAAAGAAGGAAAUAAUAGCUUUGACCCUGGAAAUACCGUCGAUUCCACCGUUCGAUUCCUUGAUCGCCGAGAUACGAAAUAACAUAUUUGACGACACGAAAAAAACGACUCGGAUCAAUAGGAAUCCAAGAGAACAUGCUUCUGCUCCAAAUGAAAGAACGGUUGGAAAGGAGAAUGCAGAAACCUUCUCGUAAUAAUUAUAUUAUUGGUUUCGCGUGAAAAUUAGCGAGAAUUGCAUUGCAAAUAGAUCACGAGAAGAUAACGUUAUGGAAACUUCGGAAACACAGAAUAGACAGAGCUGGAGGAAAAACUCCAAGAUAAAAGGCAUCGAGAAAUCCAGAUCGAGAAUUUCAGGAAGUAUUCUGUCGAAACGCACUUCGAAUUUCAAAACUUGGAAAACUGCCCGAGAUCAUGGGCAUUCAGACGCAGAUCAUGUAAUAUUGCGAAGAAUGACGAACCCGCAAAGAAUUCUAGUGGGACAAAUGUGUGCCUCUCUUAAGUGCAGAAAAAUUAACAAUCAAGGUUUAAUUAAUGAAAGUGUUCCUCUCGCGGCGUUAAUUGCACCGGCCCUCUCGCGUGAUUGCAUUAAAUUCUUGACGCGGGGAACAGUAUAUUCGAAAACAAACGUGACACGCGAGCAAGAAGAAAUUGAAAAUAAUGAUGCAGUCCCGGAUAAAUUGACUGGUCCCCUUCUUGCUAAGAUACGGCAAGAUGUGGCAGAAAACGAAACAAAACGACGUUUGAAAUCUUUCUUAAAAAAUGAAGUGGUAUGAACGAACUGAAACGUGAUUUCUUUCAAGGGAUUUGAUGAAUUUGUUUGUAUAAUAAAAGAUAAAAUAAUGUUUAAAUGGUUCGUACAUAUAAUUUGAAUGUGGAAUUACCGCGUGCUUUUAGAAACGGUGUUCCUAGCACCAUCUAACACUGGGGAGAAAAGAUAACAGAACCGAAAAUUGCUAUUUUUGUUUCUAAACCAUUCUAACAGCCGGAAAAUGUUUCAUGAUCAUAAUACAAUGAGUAUAAUAGCUUUCUAAUUUGCUAAAAGACUAGUCAUGCUUUUAUUUUUCAAAGGUAAUGAUUUUGAGGGUCCCUGUCUUACCAAUUCAUCUUUUACCACACCUCGCAAAGGCAUGCAUAGGGCAACUACU